AUGUCGUACUUGGAGCUAGCCGGAUUUGGGUCAGUAGCAUUGAUCCGGUCCUCCGACUUGCGCUUUGAUUUAUUAUCUGCGCUAGUAGAGCGGUGGUGCCCGGAGACCCACACUUUUCAUUUUCCGUGUGGGGAGUGCACGGUGACCUUGGAGGACGUUGCAUUGCAGCUUGGGCUCCCAAUUGACGGGAGUCCCGUAACGGGAGUAUCUUCAUUUACCGAUCCGGCUGCACUUUGUUAUCAGCUCCUAGGAGACUCGCCAGGGGAAGGUGAGUCAUAUUUUUCUGGCAUAAAAUUUACAUGGCUGAAAGCCAAAAUUGGACAAUUAUCAGCGACUGCCACUGAAGGUGAGUUGAUGUGCGCUGCUCGAGCGAACAUCAUGCAUAUCGUAGGGGGAGUACUCAUGCCUGAUGCAAACGGCGACAAUGUGCAUUUGAUGUACUUGCCCCUGUUAGCUGAUUUGUCCACUGUUAGCUCGUAUAGUUGGGGCUCCGCUGUUUUGAUGCAUAUAUUUCCACGUUCAUUGACCUCGCCAAUCGACGGUUUGCGACCAUUGCAUCCCUAA